AACUUUGGCAGACAUAAUGAUGGAAAAGGAAAAUACAUUAGAAGAAGACUGAGCAUCAAGAGAAACGCCCAAACGGCCCGACGAAAGAGGCCAGAAGACAGUUCUAAAUCAAAACAGUUCAGUCCAGUUCUGCUGACUGAUACCCAGCAUGAUUUCUCAUCAAACGCACGGACGGACAUUUUAGAAAAGUACUCACGUUUCCAUGGCAAAAGUGAAUUUUCGGUAUGGUGCAAUGCUCAAGAUGUCAAGUGUACAGACAGCUUCCGGGACUUGAUCUUCCAGAUAAAUCCGCAUCAUAUGUCAUGCCUGUACAAGAAAGUGUUCGAAACUGCGGCGCUCAGUAACCUUCUGGUGGCCGAUGGUUACGCAUGCAUCGACGGAGAAAGUAUUGGCAGCAGUGGUUCAGCAUUUCACAGAAAUAUGGCGAACAUGGACCAUGAAUAUUCUGGAUACUUUCAGGACAGUUUUGAUAAAAGCAACUCGUGUAUAUACAAUACCAAAGCCCACGUGACUACAAAAGGAAACCCUAAAAUGUUAGAAUUAAAUCGUUGGGAAGUCUGUGAAAGACCUCACUGUGAAACAAACUCUGGAUACAAGGUUGCAAACGAGGCUGGGGACUCUAGCAAGCGACAAGGUAAAAACGCUAACUGCCGCACUUUGUCCCCGUCAGUUAAUUUAUUUCCAGCCAUGUUGCGGUUGACACGUAAUCAUCACCAUGGGAACACGUGCAGAAUUGGUUCCGCUGGAUCAAACCCCCCAAUAUUGCCAGUGAGAGAACCUUCCAUGCCAUCAACCCGAUCGGACACACCACCGAAUCUUUCAAGUUCAACAGGGAGUUUGAGUAAUAACAAACCAGAACCGAUUAAAAUAGGACGGCGUUUCAGGCACUUCCCCAGAAAUUCCAGUUAUAUGGACCAAUAUCGGGUGGAAUAUACAUACAGGCGAUUGGCUAAAGCACGUGACUUAAAUAAUCUACAAAACAGUGAUUCAAGUUUCUGUUCCUGCGGAAGCCAAGCAUGUUUGGUGUCUAAGAGUAGUAUCCAUAGUUGGCGCCCUAGCCAGAGUCUUACUGGGAAAUCAAAAACCUUGCCAGUCUAUGAGAAGAACCCUUGCCUUGCUUCCGGAAUUCCAGUCACUAAAAGAAAACCUGUCUUGAAAAAUCGAAAACCAGCGAAACAGCCUUAUAUUGCGCAAAUACCAAAGAUUGGUGACGCGCCAAAGAAUUCAUUAGCAUUAGGACCUCAUCGUGACUGCAUUCCAAAGUUGGAAAAGUUUUUUGCUACAUCUUUAACUGUAAACAACUACAAUCCGGUCGAAACUCCUCCCUCCCCAGGACUAAAGCCCGCAUCUAACUCCGCCUCCGCAGUAUUGAUGAAUUGUGGGCGUGUCACGAACUCUCCUGUUUGUAUGGCAGCAAGCUUUCUACAUCUUCUUAACCAGAAUUUAAAAGGCACAGAGUGAAAAUGUUUAAUUGCGGAGAGCAAAAUACAAUAGUCUCUAGAAGUUCCAACGGAAGGGUGUUAUCCAACAGUUUCUUCUUUAAUUAAAGUUUUGAAUUAAGUAUCCAUUCUCUCCCAAAGAGACUGAGAUUUUUUCUUCUUCUUAUAUAUUAUUUGUAAUAUAAAGUUACGUUCAUUGAUGUGUAUUAAAUUUUGACAGAAUAAAUAAACCACAGACACUCGGAUCUCCACACACCCCAUUCUCCACUGCCCCUGGUUAAGUUUAGCCAAUAUAUUUA